UUUCAAUAGACACUAUUUCAUUCACUUGCUAAUAACAUUAUCUAAUACAUCACUAAAUCGCAAUAAUGGCUUUAGAUGGCCAUAUGCUGCAGCGGCUGUCGCCGGAAUGGCAACAGAAAAUACGUAAUGAAUUCCAAACUAAGUUGAAGAUGUGUAUAACCGAUGAUGCAGCUGCUAAACGUGCCGCGGACUGUGCAUGGCAAGCACUGAUACAAGGGGUGUCUAAUCGUAAUAUCAUGUCACAGCAUAUGCAUCCUCAUCUAGGUGAAUACGCUGGAGACUUUGCAGAUUGGGUACUAGGGUUCAUUAAUCAGGCCUUACUCCAUUUCCAAAGCAUUGACCCCGAUAUAAAUAACCAGGGUGAUUAUGGUAUCACACAAGUUGGCAUAGAUACAAGCGCAUAUACUCCACAAACCACAUCGCAAUCACAUGGAUUGUAUUCUAAUGCGCAGGAUGCUAAUACCUAUUCAAAUGCACAAUUUGACCGUGACGCUACAAAUCAGGGUACUCAAGUUAAUUCACGCAGUGGGUUUACCACCGGUCCCCAAGAAACACGAAAUAUAUUAAAUACGGAUUCAUGGAAUAGGACUACGGGAUCAAUCACAAGCCAAUCGCAAAAUCAUUCCCCAAAUGUAGCAUCACAGCAACAGGGAGUUACCAUUGACCCGCUAGAUGAUACACUAGACAACCUCAUAAUAAAGCAAAAGAUAAAUCGCCUCCAGGGACGUGGUAAUGCGCCUUUAGGGAUUCUUACUCGUAGCAGCAAGUUCUCACCAGCUGAUCAGGUCAAUCCCAGCUCUAUUCAAAACCACUUUCCCCCUGUGCCAGCGGUACCGGGGCCCAUAAAAGUGCAAAAGCUGUGUAUGAACUUCCCAAAUUGCACCUAUGGAAACAAUUGCAGAUAUAUACACCCACAGGGAGCACGGUGCAAAAAUUGGCCUAAAUGCGCUUAUGGGCCGAAGUGCGCUUUCAUACACCCACCGGUACCAUGUAAAUUCAAUAAGGCGUGUACUAACCCGUUGUGCAACUACCAACAUACAAAUUAAUUCAUAUUUCAUAGCCACUUGCUCACGUCG